CAAUUCAAAACUGAUAUUAUUACACAGAUAGAAACCUUCUUGUUCUUCUGUUACGAUUGGCCUCUCUGACUCUCUCCCCAUCUGCUUGGUGGGGAGACGAAAGUAAAGCCUCUCUUGCCAACGAUCAAUCCUGUUCUCGCUUUUCCUCCAAUGGCCGCCUCCCAGUCCCUCCUUUCGCUCCUCCUCUUUAGCCUCCUAUCCAUCACCGUUUCCCAGUCCAUCAUCCGAAUGCCCAGCGACCGUAAAACUCGCAACGCAGACGAUGAUCUCUAUUGCGCUAGCUGGAGACUCUCAGUAGAAACCAACAACGCCGGAUACUGGACUAACCUUCCUUCCAGAUGCGGGCGCUACGUGGAGCAUUACACCACCGGUGACCUCUACUUCUCCGAUUCUGAGGUCGUGGCUUCCGAUUCCCUUGCCUUUGCUAGGACCGUGAAGAUUGCUGGCGAUGGGAAGGACGCUUGGGUCUUCGAUAUUGAUGAGACUCUGCUAUCCAAUCUUCCCUACUACGCGCUCCAUGGAUUCGGAUCGGAGCCCUUCGAUGAUGCAUCUUUCGACGAAUGGGUGGAUUUAGCUGAAGCGCCUGCUUUACCAGCAAGUUUGAAUUUGUACAAGGAGCUAAAGCAGUUGGGAUUUACAAUUUUUUUAUUGACUGGGCGGGGUGAAUAUCAAAGGAAUGUCACAGGAAAAAAUCUCCUAUUUGCAGGAUAUGGCGAUUGGGAAAGGCUAAUUUUGAGGCAAACUUCGGAUCGAGGCAAGUCAGCUACUCUGUACAAAUCUCAGAGGAGACUGGAGUUGGUAAAUGAAGGCUAUAGAAUACAUGGUAGCUCUGGAGAUCAGUGGAGUGACUUAUUGGGGUUUGCAGUGGCAGAGAGGUCCUUUAAACUCCCAAAUCCAAUGUAUUAUAUUCAAUAAAAACACAGAACAAUUUUGUAAUUUGAUGGCACUUGUUUGCCACGGUUGUCUACUAGACUACAGUGGCAUUGUUGUAACAUUCUGUUUAGCGAUAAUUUUAGAUCAAAUUUGGAUUGCCCA